UCUCUGUUCUUUUUUCUUUGCUAGAUCUGCCAUGGUAACAUCCACCACAAAUUAGGAGAAAACUGAUCAAUUUUGACUUCUUUUUUUCUACAUAUCUUCAAUUUUUUUUCUUUUAGAUUUCAGGUCUGUUCAGGGAAGGUCUUUUUCAACUAUUCAACACCCCCAACUACCACGUCUGCUGCUGAAUUGGUAAACGGCCCUUGGCUUAUAUUAUUGUUUAGGUGUUUGCUUUUUUCCUUGAUCUUAUUCAGUUGACUUUUCACAUUCUUGUGAAAGGUAGCAGGAAACUCCUUGGCUGCUUCGCAUUAUAUGAUGAAGCCCAGCAAAAGCAAAGAGGCGUAAUAUAUAUAUUGUCUUUGACAAGAUCAGUACCAUUCCCAACAUCUCAUCCUGUUUAGUUAUCUGGCCUGCACACAAACCUUUACUCGUCUUGUUUAGUUAUGGAUUCAACGACCACUCAAGGAGCCUCUUUCUCUCAUGUUACUCACUCAUGGACAUAUGAUGUCUUUCUGAGUUUUCGGGGUGAGGAUACACGCAACAAUUUUACAGGCCAUUUGUACAGAAAUUUGAUUCAAAGGGGUAUCAAAACCUUCAUAGAUUAUGAGCUUAGAAGAGGAGAAGAAAUAUCACCAGCACUUCUCAAAGCUAUUGAAGAGUCAAGGAUUUCUAUCAUUGUUUUCUCUGAAAACUACGCAACUUCAACGUGGUGCUUGGAUGAACUCGUUAAGAUUCUCGAAUGUAAAGAAUUGAAGCAACAAAUGGUUUGGCCAAUUUUUUAUAAGGUGGAUCCAUCAGAUGUACGAAACCAGAGAGGUAGUUUUGGAAAGGCACUUGCCAAACAUGAACGCAAAUUCAAAGAUAACAAGGAGAAGGUAAAGAUGUGGAGGGCAGCACUAACCAAAGCAGCAAAUUUUUCUGGGUGGUCGCUCUUGGACGGCCAUGAAUCUAAUUUUAUAGUUGCCAUUGUUGAAGAGAUUUCUGUUCAAGUAUCAACCCAAAACAUCUUGAAUGUGGCAAAGUACCCUGUGGGAAUAGAGUCUCGUCUGCGAGAUAUUCAUAAGCUUUUAGGUGUUGGGGCAAGUGAUGUUCGCAUGGUAGGGGUAUGGGGGAUCGGUGGAAUAGGUAAGACAACAAUUGCUAAAGCUGUUUUCAAUUCAAUUUCCUCUAAGUUUGAAGCCAGCUGUUUUUUAGCAAAUGUUAAAGACUAUCCAAUGCCAUAUGGAGGCCUCGUCCAACUACAAAAGAGUCUUCUUCUUGAGAUUCUAGGAGAAAAAGAAUUGAAUUUGAACAGCGUUGAUAGAGGAGUAAAUGUGAUAAAGGAAAGGUUGAAACAUAAAAGAGUUCUCUUAAUUCUUGAUGAUGUGAAUCAUUUGGACCAGUUGAACAAACUUGCAGGAGGGCUUGAUUGGUUUGGUCUCGGCAGCCGAAUUAUCAUAACGACAAGAGAUAAACAUUUGCUAAUUGCUCAUCAAGUUAAUCUUAUAUACAAGGUCAAGGAAUUAGAUAGUUCUGAAGCUCUUAAGCUCUUCAUCAGUUGGAAUGGCUUCACAAGAAAUAGCAAUUUGGAGGAUGAUUAUAUGAAACUCACAAAAACUGUAGUAGACUACGCCCAAGGCCUUCCAUUAGCUCUUAUGGUUUUAGGUUCACAUCUUUGUGGUCGAAGUUUAAAUCAAUGGAAAAUUAUGUUAGAAAGUCAACCAAGAUUUCCUAUUGAAGAGAUUCAUGAAGUCCUGAAAAUAAGCUACAAUGCACUAGAAUAUCCGGUGAAAGAAGUUUUCCUUGACAUUGCAUGUUUCUUUAAAGGUAAAGGUAAGAAUUAUGUGAUAAAAAUGCUAGAAGGGUGUGAUCUCAACCCUAUCUAUGGUAUUGAAGUACUCAUAGAAAAGGCUCUCCUAUAUGUUGAUCGUCGAAAUAGAAUUUGCAUGCAUGACUUGGUCGAAGAAAUGGGUAGAGAAAUAGUUCGUCACGAGUCGCCAAAUGAGCCUGGAAAACGUAGCAGAUUGUGGUUUCACAAAGAUGUUUAUCGCGUUCUAACUGAAAAUACAGGAACAGACACUAUUCAAAAAAUUAUGGUAAACUUGCCGGAACCAUAUGAGAUACGCCUGAGUGCUAAAAGCUUCACAAAGAUGAAAAAUCUUCAACUUUUCAUAAACUGUAACGCACACUUCUCUGGAGAAGUUGGUUAUCUAUCCAAUGAUUUGAGAUUCCUUGAUUGGCCUGAAUGUCCAUUAAAAGCUUUGCCUUCCAGUUUUAAUCCAAAGAAACUUGUUGAGCUCAAACUGCGUGACAGUCGUAUCGAACAACUAGGGAAUGGAUUCAAGAGUCUGGCAACGUUAGAACAUAUAAGUUUUCAAAGUUGCGAGUUCCUAACAAAAAUCCCCGACUUCUCUGGACUCUCAAGCUUAGUGGAGUUGGAUCUAAACUUCUGUACAAGUUUAGUUGAGGUGCAUUCAUCUGUUGGAUUCCUUGAUAAGCUUGCCAUAUUGAGACUUGUUGAUUGUUUUAAUCUCACUAGGUUUCCAAGAGGAGUCAAGUUGAAAUCUCUGACACUUAUGAUUCUUAAUGAUUGCAAAAAGCUCGAGUAUUUCCCCGAAAUUUUGGCAAAGAUGGAAUGCAUAACAAGAAUUAAUCUAUCCGGCACUGCCAUCAAAGAGUUGCCUUCAUCAAUUAGAUAUCUCGUUAAUCUUCAAGACUUAGAGUUAUAUCAAUGUGAAAACCUUAGCCAUCUACCGAGCAGCAUUUAUGAGUUGCAACAUCUGCAGCGAUUUCAUUUAAUGGAUUGUCCAAAACUUGUUACAUUUCCAAAUAAGGUGAAGCCUGAAAAUGAGUCUGAAGGCAAUUUAGCUCUUCCUGAGCUACAGUUUCUCGAUAUGGGAGGAUGUAAUUUGUCAGAAAGUGCUUUUCUUGGUAAUCUUGAUUGUCUACCGACAUUAGGAAUCCUAGACCUUUCAGGAGGCAAUUUUGUUAGUCUUCCCGAAUGCAUUAGCAAAUUUUUUAACUUGUGGCGACUUUCCCUAUAUGAUUGCAAGAGGCUUCGAGAAAUUCCAGAACUUCCACAAAAGUUAAGGCAUGUAGGGUUAGGUGGUUGCAUAUCGUUGGAAGGUGAUUUUCUUCGUACUCCUGGUUGUCUGUCCACAUUGGAAAGUAUAGACCUUUCAGGAGGCAACUUUGUUAGUCUUCCCGAAUCCAUUAGCAAAUUUGUCAAGUUGAAGCAUCUUUCCCUGGCCGGUUGUAAGAGGCUUGAAGAAAUUCCAGAACUUCCACCAAAAGUGAAACAUGUACGGGCGAGUGGUUGCAUAUCACUGGAAAGAUUUUCAAAACUGUCGAACAUUUUGGAACGUAAAGAAUCGAAAAUGAUUAAGAGCCUCAACUUAUCAAAUUGUCGGAGACUCUGUGACAAUCUGGCUUACAUGGUAGAGAAUAAAUACACUUUAGUGAAUGAUCAGGCGGCUCUGUUCUCUCUCUGUCUCUCUUCUCAGCAAUCUAAAUUUGGAGUUAUAUUUCCAGGAAGUGAAGUUCCAAGGUGGUUCAGCAGUCGUACGGAUUUGUCGGAGCCAAGUGGUAAAUGUGAAGUUUGUGUUGAAAUCCCUGAAAUGUUGGAGAACAAUGGAUUGGCCCUCUGGGCUACUUUUCAUCAGAACACGCAAAAUAAAUCUUAUGAUGAGUCCAUCUUUUUUAAAGCCGAACUUUGCAUCAAUGAAGAACGCAUUGGUAAAGCUAAAACGACUUUUUAUGGUUCAUUAGAGAUAGAGGCAGCUCAUGUGUGGCUCUACUAUAUUCCAGACCUUUCAAGGAUAGAGACGUGGGGACAUUGGAUUGAUGAUGAGUCGCUGCCUUGCAUGUGUCGAAUCACUUUUACUUGUGAAAGUUCACUGGCCUUUAAAAGUGCCGGGGUCCACCGGAUCCUUCGGGACGAAGACAGUAUACGUUCUGAUUAGUUUUUCCCUGUACUGGACAAAUAAGUCAUUGUUUUUCCUCCUCCAAAAGGAGAAUCACAAUUUGACACAUAUGCAAAAAUAAUUCGUCAAAAAGAAAAAUUUAUGCACACAUGUCAAACUGUGAUUGGUAUGAAAGUAUAUGAGUUCCUCCUACAGGAUAAUGAGGCAAAGUAUUUUCCGAACAAAUACGUACAUACUUCCCAACUAACAGGUGAGGACCUCUAAGUUGUUUCUGUGAAAGCAGCUCAUAAAAAGUUUUAUGGGUUUGCCUCUCUUUCUUUAUCAUUGAUUCAUCCUCAUGAUUAUGUUUCUAGGUUUUAAAUAGUUAUAUUCCAAAUUAGUUGCUCAUAAUUAACUAUGUUUGAUGUGUUCUGGUUUUGCAGCAUGCACUACUCAAAAGGCAUGCUGCAGAUGCUUCAAUAAUCCAUUUUCGAUGAGGAAGUUGAAACGUUUCUUUUCUCUCAAGAUGCGAUGGUUUUUGUUUGUGGGUUGUUUCUUUAUUGUAGAUUGAGCUGAGUCCUGUUAGUAUAAUUUGUCUAUGGGAGAGUUUUUGCUUUUCUAUCCUGCUUCAUAUUCUUUCAGUUACCACAACCAUGCACAUACUGUAUUAUGUAAUUUUAGGCAAUAACAUUUGGUGUUUUAUUACAUGAACCUCAUGGUGAGCACUUGGGGGAAACUAAAGACAACUUAUCAACCCAUUUGGGCAUUUGGUUUUCUUCAAUACUUGUAGUUGUGCAGGCAGACUUUUGCUUUUUCAAACAAAUAAAAUUUCAGACAGCCUAUUGGAAA